GGUAAGCCCUGGACGGUUAUUCUUAAAAGCGGCGCGAUUCCUUCACAAAAAGCCUUGCCCUUAUGUAGUAAUGUCCCAGAGGAAACAUCAGCGCUCCAGAGUUACCGUCAUGUGUGCUGUGUGCCGGGAUGCCAGACUGUUUCCGACCCAUUCUCGGCCGGAAAGUCGGCGUAUUUUUUCUUCCCCUGUAAAGGAAAGCUGCGCAACAAAUGGAUCAGCAGCAUGCGUUGCGCCGCUUCUUGGCAGCCCCGUGAUGGCCACGAUUUGGUGUGCAGUCAACAUUUCACGGCCCAGGAUUUUUUUUCCAGUGCCGUCCCAGGCGUUCGGAUAAAGCCCGAUGCUGUUCCCUCGCGAAUGGAAUGCGUGGAAAAGUUCCGCACGCCAGCAAAUGCCCAGCUGUUGAAUGACGCAGUCCGCAGUUGCUCGGUAUGUCGCUGGUGGCGCUCAACAGACCCUUGUAAACGGUCGGAAAGAUUGAACUUUUUCGAAUUCCCGACCGACGGCGCCCUAUGCAACGCAUGGAUCGUGGCGUGCCGGAAGCUGAAUCGGGAUUUUGUCCUCUCUGCUGGAUCGUCGGUGUGCGAAAAUCACUUUACACCAGAUGACUUGAUGGUGGUCACACCACGCGCCGGAAGCGAAUCCACGAUCAUGCUAAAGGGCACGGCCGUCCCGUCAGUGAAAUCCUUCGACAUUUACCCUACCGGUAAUAAUGCACGCACUGGUCUCCGUGUACACCCAGUUGGUGAUCAUAGCAUUGAUGAUUCUUUGGCACCAGACGCAGGGCUUCCGUUUGAAUCCAGUGAUAUGGAAAGCGACGAAGAAACGACAGCUGUGAAUGGAAGCAGUGAGUUGCAGAUGAAAGAUAGUGUCUCUCUGGAAGGUUGCUCAACACCGGCGUCUUCCUCCCGUACUCCGUCUGUCCCGUCGAAUCAACAGGUUGUGUCCCACAACGGUCUUCCAGGCGAUGAGGAUUCUGCGGCUGCUUCGUUUGUCCCAUCGGCGAUACCAGCGGUUGUGGUUCAGCCUCACAGGCGCCCCGGAAACGCAGUCAACGGCCCGCCCACGCUAACUGCAUCCAGUAAUUCCUUCUUGUACUGCGAAUCAUGUUCCAAGGUGAUGCAAACGCCUUGUUGGAUACAUUCGGACAGUAUCCUGGACGAACCGGUCAUUCCAUUGGCAGUCGCUAGCUUGCCCAGAGUUUUAUAUAUGGACGUCUGUGAUGAAUCGCCGACCGGAAAGACUGUAUUUGUCAAAGAAACGAUGGAGCGGCAGACAGUGUUUGGCCCGUUAAUCGCUCCAACGGUGUGGAGCGACGAAGAUAAACCCCGUUACAUGGAUGUUUCCGAUUUGGGUGAGGAUGCCAAGCGCAAGCAGUACCAGCUGGAUUCGGAUUACGCCUGCAACUGGAUGAAGCACGUGCGACUGGCGGACAGCGAGGAAGCGAGCAAUUUGCUGGUGUUCGCGCGCGGAUGCGAGAUCGUCUUCGUCACAAGCAGAACCAUCUCCUCGCACGAAGAACUGCGAGUGUGGUACUCCAGACAGUAUUUGGAUCUCGUUACUCCUGCAACCACUGCCGAUCUUUGCUUUGAUGGAGAAACACUUGGCGCAGAGGAAGAGAGUGGAAUGGUAAGCGAUGAUUGUCAGGAAGAGCAGGCUUCCGACGAGGAAAUGUCGGAUGAUGGUCCUGUGGACAAAGAAACAGCUUUGAUGAAGCGGUCUACAAAUCAUUCCACGAUGCCGUUGAAGGCAUUUGAACUGCAGGAUAGCUUAUGGGAACCGGAAACGAGCCUCGGCGAAAAUGGCUGUUUUAUUGGCGAGAGUGAUGGACGAGUCGGUUUAGAUGCCGCAUGUGAAUUCCCGGAAAUUCCCGACGGGGCCAAAGCGUCUUUGAACGGUUUAGAAGGGCGCAGAAGGUGUUCCCUGUGUGGUAAAUCGUUUAUAGACGUGCAGGAUCUGAUAAAACACGUGAAGGGACACUCCCGUAGUGAGAAGUGUCCCGUCUGUGGAAAAUGGUUCGCAUGGUUGGAGGCACAUAUUCGUAGUUUUCAUCCGGAACAUCCUAUCCAGACCGGUAAACUGUGCCAACGUGCGAAGUCUCAGAAAUCAUCAUCAACCAAACAAAAACCCAAAAUGUCGUCUACUAAACAAAAAUUUUCGGAUUAUGCGUAUCGUUGCCCGGAGGGCCAUGAACAGUAUGAGUCACAGAACGGUUUACAAACACACAUGCAGAGUCAUCGGCCGGAAUUUACGAGGACGACAGGGUACACGAAACUGACAUGUACCGAGUGCGGUUUACGGUUCGCCACGCAAGAGCUGUGCCGGCUGCACCAGAUGAAUCAUCAGACGCGCGACGAUUCCGCCGCUAGUCAGCAGCGAGCGUGCCCCGCCUGUCCGCGCACCUUCGACGAGUGUCGCCAACUGGCGCAGCAUGUCGACACGCACGGGACGCCCACGAAGCUGUGUCCGGUGUGCGGGAAAUGGUUCGGUGCGCUGCGCCAACAUAUCUACGCAAACCAUCCGGAAGUUACACGGAAUCGCUACGCAGACGGUGGCAGUGGUUCUGCUGAGCCGGGGACGAAGAAAUUUUCCUGCCGGCAGUGUGGGAAACGAUUUGCACUGCGGAUUAGCUUACAGGCGCAUCUCAAGAGCCAUACGACUAACGGGACGACGUACAAUCAGACCUGUCAGGAAUGUGGUCUACGGUUUGGGACGGAUGCCGGGUGCGAACUACACAAGCUGAAACACCAACUGCACACCGGCGACGAAAAGCCGCCGUGCGAGACGACGACCUGUCCGGAAUGCCAGCACACGUUUAAGGAUGUGGCGGAGCUGCUGGACCACUUGGGACACCAUGGACGGCCCACCAAGCAAUGCCCUGUGUGUAGCCAGUGGCUAGACACCGGGCACCUGCGCCGUCAUAUCAGGCGUGAACAUCGAGGAGUGGAUAUCCAGUCGGAAUCCUGGAAAACUGAGGGAAAGGACUGUGACGGGGUGGAGGAGCCUUCCGACAAUGAGAACAGCGCCAUCCACGAGGAAUUUCUGUGUGGCUUCUGCGGGGCCAUCUUUCUGACUAAUGAAUUAUUGAAGCUGCAUAUAGCGGGACACUGUACCAAUGACGGCGCUCUGCCUUCGGACAAGGAGGAAGAUGAAGGGGAUUCUCUGGAAGCGUCGCCGGAGGUUGUAGAGGCUCCACCCAUUACAAUUUCGCCGGACAGAAGCGAGCUGCCGGUUGACAAGAAAGAAGUCAGUGGUGGAAGCCGCACGCUCAGUGCGGCAGGCAUUCGUUGACGGUGUCACCUGCAGCCAUUGCGGUCUGCAGUUCGCUUCAUGGGGUUGCGGGGAUCAUCUAAUACCACUACUGCAUGUCGACACAGUUGUCAGGAUUGCGGAAAAGAGUUUGAGCAGCAGUCUAACCUGUCCGAUCAU